AUGGCCUUUAACCCCACCGCAGACCAAAUUGAGUGGCAUAUGCAUCAGUUGAGGCAGUGGAUGGUACCGACGUCGGUGCCAGCUCCGACCAAACCCACCUCGAACAUGAAUUCUCAAUCCUUUCCUCAGGACUUCUAUCUCCAGAAUGUCCCUUCCAGUGAUUUGUACGACUAUGACUCGUUCAGCACUCCUGGUCAUACGCCAACCGCCAUCCAGCGUGCGCAUACCUUUGCCGACAUGUCCGAUUAUGAUUUCUCUCUGGAUUACUUCAAUCCUGGCCAGGGUCCAGUGACGCCUGGAAGUUGGGCAGGAGAAGAGAAGGGCAACUUUGAUGAUGGCCUCUCCAUCUACUCGGAGGCACCUUCAAGCUAUCUGUCCUCCGACCUAUCGGAACAAACCCGGCUUGAAUCCAUCAUCUCAUCUAACCGCAAUACUCCUCCUACCUUUCCACAGUCGUCUUCUCUACCAGAGCCCGUCUCCGAAGUUGAUUCGCUUAUGAAGACAUUGCAGCCUCCCCAGAUGCAACUUCAGGCUAGCAAUUCCAAUGGCAAGCCCAAGAAGCACCAUUGCCCUCACCUAGAUUGUGGAAAAUCUUUCUCUCAGCCAACACAUCUCAAAAUUCAUCUUCGCUCCCAUACUGGUGAGAAACCAUACACGUGUUCUGUACCAACUUGCAGGCAAUCCUUUUCCCAGCUGGGCAAUCUUCGAACUCACGAACGACGACAUAUUGGUCAACGACCAAAUCGAAAGAGAUCUUCAUCCGAUCCGGGUGCUCGAGGUCGAAAAUAUGAAUGCAGAUUGGAUGGUUGCAAAAGUGUUGAAGAUGGUCAUGGAGGCAAGGUUUUCACGCAACUUGGAAACCUAAAAGCACAUAUGAACAAGUUUCAUAAGGAGACUCUGGCCAGACUUUCUGAACAAUUUGCACAUAACGAGGUAGAUCCUGAAGAAGCCGAAUUGAGAGCUUAUUUCCAGGACCUCUACAAACACAGCAACAAGGGGAUCAAGGGACGGGGUAAGGGACGAAAAGUGGAGGUCAUCAUUACACCUGAUCAGGCUUGA